CCCUCCGCAAGGCGCGAUGACGUAAUCAGUGUCUAUCUUCUUUUGCCAUGUUUUCUACAUCUGCUUUUAAAGUUCUUUCGAAGGCGUUUCGUUCCCCGAAUCAGUAUGGCUCAUUGGCGUAUGUCCCGCUUAUUCCGAACUACAAAUCUCCAGCUACCGAGCCUUUGCAAAAGGCAUACGCCGCCGAUCCAAAAGGUCAUCCCACUAGACUAUCGGGAUUCCGGCAUCAGACUAGUUGUUGAUUGGUGGUACAUUUCUCGUAUUCAUUAUCAGAAUCCUACAGGAGCCUUGGGAGGCUUGGAAUCCUUGGCGACUCGUAGUACUCAAGAAGCAUCCCAAGCCCGAUAUAAACGUUAUCUUCACAGGUACCUAUACGAUAAUGCGAGAAAACGGCAACGACGAUGUGGAGACGAGCCCGCCCCCGCCGUACGUUGAAAAUGCGGAGAAAGACCCCAGGCAUGCGCCCGAAGAGUCGGCUCAGAGCAGAGAGUCACGGGUAUGGUGGCGGAGGAAGCUGUGCUGGAUUCUGUUAUUGGCGGUAGUGGGGUUAGUCCUCUUCGCAAUCAUCUUUGGCGCCGUUUUUGGUGUGAAGAAGUCGCGGUCCAGAGAAUCUGAGAGUGUUGGGACCUCAAUCGGAACCUCAACCUUGGGUCCUACUCCCACCCCUUCGCCGUCGGCUUCAGCAUCUCCGUCAGCUCCGUCAUCGCAAUUACCUACCCUUGAGCCCCAAGGAACAAGAGUCCCUCGAGACCUUGGUGCAACCGCCGGAUCUCCCUUCUCGUUGCUCGUCUGGGAUCUUCGCGCAGAGGGCAAGCUUUGGAGAAGAGAGUACGCAGGUGACUGGCAGGAGUACGUCGGCCGUCAGUUCCUGGUUGCGCCUGUAGCCAUUGCCACGAGUGAAAGCACGCAAACAGCUUUCUCCGUCGACGCGGUCAGCGGCCGUGUUGUCUUCAUGUACUUCAACGACGGCCACUGGGAUUACGACAACUGGCACGAGCUCGAGAUGGAAUGCUGCACUCAGUUCUGGACCCGCCCGGCCGUGGUCUCCAGAGCAGCAGGCAAGAUUGAUGUCUUCAAUGUGGAUUCGGAGGGAAAUGUAUGGACGGUGUCGUAUGACGGUUCUUCAUGGAGCGAGUGGACACAACUCGGCACUGGUUUCCUUUCCAACGGCGAUCUGUCGGCAGCGUCGUGGGGAGAGGACAGGAUCGAUGUCUUCGGCACCAGUUCGAACACUAUCUUACACAAGUCCUGGUCAGCUGACUCAGGCUGGGCCGACGAGUGGGAGAACCUCAGUGAGGUGUUCUUAGGCGGAUAUUGCAGAGGCGAAGACACGUCGUCGCCGCUGGCUGUGUCGUGGCGUACGGCACAGGGCGACGGCGUCAUCGAUGUUGUUGUCAAUUGCGGCAGUACUUUUCACAGACUGUUCAGCAAUGGCGCCUGGAGUGACUGGACUAUUUUCUGGGCUAGCCACGAGGGCGGCGAGUUCCCCGACACGCAGAGUCUGGUCCGUGGGGAUGGCGUGGAUGGCCGGCCGUUCGCGCACAUUAUUUCGCGAGGGACUGAUGAUUGUAUUCACUACAAUGCGUUCAAUGGUACGGGAUGGGGCAGUUGGAAGUAUUUGUGGUGUACUGAGCGAGACGUUCUUGAAGGGUACGCAACGGAGUUCAUGCCUACGGUUGCUGUCGAUGGUGGGGAUGGGACUGUUCAAUUGGUGGCGCGAGAUAUGGAGGAAGGGCUUAUUCGGUAUGAAGUGCAUGGAACUGUAGACGAUGGGAGCACGUGGUCGAGCGAGGACUGGGAGGAGUUAGGAAAGGGAGGGUGAGCUUGGAGUGUUUCGUGGUGCCAUGUCCACCGACAGCUAACCUAAUGAUAUACUAUACGCCUAAUAUAUCUACUCUGGUAGUGUGUGCGCACUUGCCUAGGCACC